AUGUCAUUCACCCCUCCCAACACUCAGGGCAUUCGCCCCAUCGACAUCAACAACCCCAUCUCGUCUCCGCCGCACCCAACCGAGGUGCUCUAUGUCGACAUCUACACGGACCGCAUUACAAAGGAAAAAGUCAUUCUCUGGGAAGAUGUCCGUCUAGCCUUCCACGACGCCCUUCAUGUCCGACACAAAGCAAGGCCGCUUCGAAUUGCUGUCAUUCUCGGCGAAAUACUGGACAUUAUCGUAGGCAACUCACAAACACCCACGAGCAGCAUACUCAAGGCCCAACAUAAUAGCAGCACAACGUCCGUUGCCCAACAUUCCAGCGAUGACAACGAACCGCAAAAGUCCAAGGAAAUCCCUCCUCUUGCCAAUGAGGCCUCUACUCUCGCCGACAUCUCCCUUCCAACAAAACAUGUUCUCAGUCGGAGAGACAUUGCCGCUCUGGUCGCUCUUGGAGGCAAAUACAUGGAAUACCAGGACUACCAAGCUGCCAUGGAAUGCUACCUCAAGGUCGCCGACCAAGGUUUUGUUGACGUCCAGUACAACAUCGGCCAUAUGUACUGUGAAGGCAAAGGCGUUCCCCAGGACUUUACCAAAGCGAUGGAGUGGUACCGCAUGGCCGCCGAUCAAAGAGACGCAAAAGCUCAGUUCAACAUCGGUGUCAUGUACGAAGUAGGCAAAGGCGUUCCCCAGGACUUUUCCAAAGCGAUGGAGUGGUACCGCAUGGCCGCCAAUCAAGGAAACGCAGAAGCUCAGUUCAACAUCGGCCUUAUGUACGACGAAGGCAAGGGCGUUCCCCUGGACUUUGCCAAAUCGAUGGAGUGGUACCGCAUGGCCGCCAAUCAAGGAAACGCAGAAGCUCAGUUCAACAUCGGCCUUAUGUACGACGAAGGCAAGGGCGUUCCCCUGGACUUUGCCAAAUCGAUGGAGUGGUACCGCAAGGCCGCCGAUCAAGGAAACGCAGACGCUCAGUACACAAUCGGUGUCAUGUACCUCGAAGGCAAAGGCGUUCCCCAGGACUUUGCCAAAGCGAUGGAGUGGUACCGCAUGGCGGCCGAUCAAGGACACGCAAAGGCUCAGUACAACAUCGGUGGCAUGUAUAACGUAGGAAAAGGCGUUCCCCAGGACUUUGCCAAAGCGAUGGCGUGGUACCGCAUGGCCGCCGAUCAAGGACAGGCAGACGCCCAGUACAACAUCGGGAUCAUGAAUAUCAAAGGCCAAGGUGUGACUGAGAGCUACUCGGAAGCCAGAAAGUGGUUCCAAAAAGCGGUUGACCAGGGGCACCCGAAUGGCAUUCGCUCCAUCAUCAUCAACAACCCCACCUCGUCUCCGCCGCACCCAACCGAGGUGCUCCAUGUCGACAUCUACACCGACCGCAUCACAAAGGAAAAGUUCAUUCUUUGGGAAGAUGUCCGUCUGGUCUUCCACAACGCCCUUCAUGUCCGACACAAAACAAGGGUAGUUCCCUUUAUGAAAGGCGACGACUUCAACACGUACGUCUAUGAGCUUGCCCGUAACAAAGAGCUCGCGCGUAAGUACGCCAAAGAAGCGAUGACCAAGAUUGCUGACAUGAUGGAUCUCGACGCGCUGCACACAAAGGGCGAUGCUGGUCCUGCUGACUUUUGGAAGGCUCUGGAGUGCUACCUUAAGGCUGUCCAUCAGAGUCACGCGCAUGCUCAGGUCCAAGUUGGCGACCUCUUUUUUGAAGGCCAAGAUGUUUCCAAGGAUUCAUUCAUUGCCAUGGGAUGGUAUCAUAAAGCGGCGUUUCAAGGAGACACCAACGCUCAGCGAAAAGUUGAGGCGCACAGACUCUCUGAACGUCAAAAAACAGCGACACCCGAGACGCCCACGAGCAGCAUACUCAAGGCCCAACACAACAGUAGCAAAACGUCCGUUACCCAACCUUCCAGCGACGACAACGAACCGCAAAUGUCCAAGGAGAUCCCCCCUCUUACCAAUGAGGCCUCUGCUCUCGCCGACAUCUCCCUUCCAACAAAGCAUGUUGUCAGUCAGAGUGACAUUGACGCUCAGGUUGCUCUUGGAGACAACUAUAUGGACAGCCAGGACUACCAAGCUGCCAUGGAAUGCUACCUCAAGGCCGCCAACCAAGGUUUUGUUGACGCCCAGAACAACAUCGGCCAUAUGUACAGUGAAGGCAAAGGCGUUCCCCAGGACUUUACCAAAGCGAUGGAGUGGUACCGCAUGGCCGCCGACCAAGGACACGCCAACGCCCAGGGCAGCAUCGGCUUUAUGUACUACAAUGGCAAGGGCGUUCCCCAGGACUUUGCCAAAGCGAUGGAGUGGUACCGUAUGGUCGCCGAUCAGGGACACAAAAAAGCUCAGUUCAACGUCGGUGUCAUGUACGAUCAAGGCAAAGGCAUUCCCCAGGACUCUGCCAAAGCGAUGGAGUGGUACAGUAUGGCCGCCGAUCAGGGACACGCAAAAGCUCAGUACAACAUCGGUGUCAUGUACGAUAAAGGCAAAGGCGUUUCCCAGGACUAUACCAAAGCGAUGGAAUGGUACCGUAUGGCCGCCGAUCAAGGUCACGCAGACGCUCAGUACAACAUCGGUGUCAUGUUCAACAUAGGCAAUGGCAUUUCCCAGGACUUUGCCAAAGCGGUGGAAUGGUUCCGCAUGGCCGCUGAUCAAGGAGACGCAGACGCUCAAUGCUUAAUCGGCUUUAUGCACAGCAAAGGCAAAGGCAUUCCCCAGGACUCUGCCAAAGCGAUGGAAUGGUACCGUAUGGCCGCCGAUCAGGGACACGCAAAAGCUCAGUUCAACGUCGGUGUCAUGUACAACAAUGGCAAAGGCAUUCCCCAGGACUAUGCCAAAGCGAUGGAAUGGUACCGUAUGGCCGCCGAUCAAGGACAAGCAGACGCCCAGUACAGCACCGGCUUUAUGUACAACAAUGGCAAAGGCAUUCCCCAGGACUCUGCCAAAGCGAUGGAGUGGUACCGUAUGGCCGCCGAUCAAGGACACGCAAAAGCUCAGUUCAACGUCGGUGUCAUGUACGAUCAAGGCAAAGGCGUUUCCCAGGAUUAUGCCAAAGCGAUGGAAUGGUACCGUAUGGCCGCCGAUCAAGGACAAGCAGACGCCCAGUACAGCACCGGCUUUAUGUACAACAAUGGCAAUGGCGUUUCCCAGGACUCUGCCAAAGCGAUGGAAUGGUACCGUAUGGCCGCCGAUCAAGGACACGCAAAAGCUCAGUACAACAUCGGUGUCAUGUACGAUAAAGGCAAAGGCGUUUCCCAGGACUUUGCCAAAGCGGUGGAAUGGUUCCGCAUGGCCGCUGAUCAAGGAGACGCAGACGCUCAAUGCUCAAGCGGCUUUAUGCACAGCAAAGGCAAAGGCAUUCCCCAGGACUCUGCCAAAGCGAUGGAGUGGUACAGUAUGGCCGCCGAUCAGGGACACGCAAAAGCUCAGUACAACAUCGGUGUCAUGUACGAUCAAGGCAAAGGCGUUUCCCGGGACUAUGCCAAAGCGAUGGAAUGGUACCGUAUGGCCGCCGAUCAAGGACAAGCAGACGCCCAGUACAGCACCGGCUUUAUGUACAACAAUGGCAAAGGCAUUCCCCAGGACUCUGCCAAAGCGAUGGAGUGGUACCGUAUGGCCGCCGAUCAGGGACACGCAAAAGCUCAGUACAACAUCGGUGUCAUGUACGAUAAAGGCAAAGGCGUUUCCCAGGACUUUGCCAAAGCGAUGGAAUGGUACCGUAUGGCCGCCAAUCAAGGUCACGCAGACGCUCAGUACAACAUCGGUGCCAUGUUCAACAUAGGCAAUGGCGUUCCCCAGGACUUUGCCAAAGCGAUGGAGUGGUUCCGCAUGGCCGCUGAUCAAGGAGACGCAGACGCUCAAUGCUCAAUCGGCUUUAUGCACAGCAAAGGCAAAGGCAUUCCCCAGGACUCUGCCAAAGCGAUGGAGUGGUACCGUAUGGCCGCUGAUCAGGGACACGCAAAAGCUCAGUUCAACGUCGGUGUCAUGUACGAUAAAGGCAAAGGCGUUUCCCAGGACUAUACCAAAGCGAUGGAAUGGUACCGUAUGGUCGCCGAUCAAGGACACGCAGACGCUCAGUACAACAUCGGUGUCAUGUUCAACAUAGGCUAUGGCGUUCCCCAGGACUUUGCCAAAGCGAUGGAGUGGUUCCGCAUGGCCGCCGAUCAAGGAGACGCAGACGCCCAGUACAAAAUCGGCAUCAUGUAUACCAACAGCCAAGGUGUGACCAGGAACGACUCGGAUGCCAGAAAGUGGUUCCAAAAGGCGGCUGACCAGGGGAAACCGGAUGCGCAAGAAUGGUUGAAGGAGCUGUCCACCAGUGAAUCUGAUGAGCAGAUAGUCGCCGAAACGAGGGGUUUCUGA